AAGACGUUACUAUGCGCGAAAAGCCAAAAUAAGAGAGCAAAGCUUGAAAAUAUAGGGAAGUCGCAAAUAAUAAUAGAAGUCAAGGAAGCAACUGCGAUAUCUCUUUCUUUUUUCUUCAUCAUCGUGUGUUUUGUUCUGGUGGCAUUCUUCUUCUUCUUCUUCUUCUUAUCAUCACAACCUAGGAAGAGAGAGAGAGAGAGGAGAGAGAAAUUGCAUUAAAAGACCAAUUUGCCCUUCGAUCUUCUUCUUCUUCGUCUUCCUCUCUCUCGCACCAUGAACGAGAAGGCCAACGUCUCCAAAGAGCUCAACGCUAAACACAAAAAGAUACUGGAGGGACUUCUUAAACUACCAGAGAACAAGGAAUGUGCUGACUGCAAAGCUAAAGGUCCAAGAUGGGCUAGUGUCAAUCUUGGCAUCUUUAUAUGCAUGCAGUGUUCUGGAAUACAUAGAAGUCUUGGGGUACACAUAUCGAAGGUUCGCUCUGCAACUUUGGACACCUGGCUCCCAGAGCAGGUUGCAUUCAUUCAAUCGAUGGGAAAUGAGAAGGCAAAUAGUUACUGGGAAGCAGAAUUACCCCAACAUUAUGAUAGAGUUGGAAUUGAAAAUUUCAUUCGUGCAAAGUACGAAGAGAAGAGAUGGGCUGCAAGGAAUGAGAAACCAAAAUCACCUUCUAGUUUCCGAGAAGAGAAAAGUCCUUCACAUUGGCAAAAGCCUGAGGAAACGAAGAAAAUCCAACCAUCAAAUGCAAUUCCUGCUACAAGAAUUAGUGUUCCUGCUCCUCCCAAAGGGCCUGAGCUGGUAACUCCUAUGGCAAAACCUCAACAUGUUGAGAAAGUGGAACCUGUUGCACCACCACCACAAGCUGAAACUUCAAAACAGACCACUGAAACAACACAAAAUUCCCCUCCAAAAGUUGACUAUGCUACGGACCUUUUUGACAUGUUGUCUAUGGAUGAUCCAAAUGAAAAGGGCUCAGGGGCAGCUAAUGAUAAUAACUGGGCAGGUUUUCAGUCUGCUGCAGAGGCAUCGGAAGCUGAGAAGACUGAUGCCCCAAAAGCAAUUGAGAGUACACCCCAGUCGACACGCCAGUCCACUUCUGGAAUUGAGGAUUUAUUUAAAGACUCACCUUCAGUUACACCAAGUUUAACUCCAGAAAAACCACAAAAAGAUCUAAAAAAUGAUAUCAUGAGCCUCUUUGAGAAGUCCAAUGUGGUAUCUCCAUUUGCAAUGCAUCAACAGCAGCUGGCCAUGCUGGCACAGCAACAGUCUCUUCUAAUGGCUGCCGCUAAAUCUGCUGGUGGGGAUCCCAAGUACCUGGCCAGCUUACAACAACAACAGUCUCUUCUAAUGGCUGCUGCUGCUGCUAAAUCUGGUGGCACGGAUUCCAAGUACCUGGCCAGCAUACAAGAACCUGGGUCCAACAUUCCUCUCCAAAGUUGGCUGGGUGCUGGCUACCCAAUGCCUGGUGCAAUGCCCAUGGGUAGUCAGGAAGAGUUACAGAAACUCAUGCAGACCGUGAACAUGAAUGCAGCCCAUUCAGCUGGGAGUUCAGUUCAAUAUCCACCAUCUAGCUACUAUGCUAUGGGACAAGUUGCUCCCUCUAAUGGUUCCACGCCAACGGAAGCGAGCAAACCUCAAUCAGCCUCUCCAGCAUCAUCGAACACUUCAAAGACAGGGAACGACUAUGAUUUUUCCUCCUUAACACAAGGAAUGUUUGCAAAACACUGAUUGGCCUUUGCUUAACAUCCCCUGCUAUGUCAUAUACCACAGAAGAUUAGUUAAAAGUUACAGAAAAGUGCACUCUUCUUCUUUCCCUUGACCCGUAUACUUGGGUUGUAAACCAUAUCUAGAGCUACUGAGCCAGUUCAGUUUUCUUGUUACGGGUGAUUGCUUCAUUUGUAUCCAUAGGUGUAUUCACAAUAAAAUUUAGUGAUAUUUAUUAUUUAUUCCUUUUCUUUUUCUCUUCUA